UAAAAUUAUUACAAAUGGCUAAUGUUAACGAUUAUAUCAAUGAAAUAUUAUUAGAGCCAUACAAUUAUUUAUUACAAUCAAGUGGCAAACAAAUCCGUACAAAAUUGAUGACUGCUUUUAAUUAUUGGCUAAAAAUACCCGACGAUUAUUUAAAAGUAGUUCAAGAAAUUAUUGAAAUGUUACACAAUUCAAGUCUAUUGGUUGACGACAUUGAGGAUGGAUCUGAUCUUCGAAGAGGUAAACCAGUGGCCCAUCACGUCUAUGGGAUGGCAAAUGCUAUAAAUACAGCAAAUUAUGUAUACUUUUUGAGUCUAAAAAAGAUUAUCGAAAAGUUUCCCAAAUAUUUGGUCACAUCUGCUGUUACUAUGUUUACUGAUUGCUUAAUUGGUUUACAUAAAGGACAGGGUUUGGACAUACAUUGGAGAGAAACAUUCAACUGUCCCACUGAACAACAAUACUUUCAAAUGAUAAAUAUGAAGACAACAGCAUUGUUUGCAUUGUCUGUUCAAUUGAUGCAACUGUUCAGUGAUAAUAAGCAAGACUUUAGUCAAUUAAUCUGUCUUUUGGGGACUUAUUUUCAGAUCAAAGAUGAUUUCGCAAAUCUCUGCUCUCAAGAGUACACUGAAAACAAAAGUUUUUGUGAAGAUAUCACUGAAGGAAAGUUUUCGUUUCCUAUAAUUCAUGGCAUCAGAAGUCAACCAAAUGAUAGCGAAAUUGUUAAUAUAUUGCGACAGAAAACUCGUAACGAAGAACUCAAGAAGAAAGUGAUCCAAAAGUUGCUACAAUUGGGUUCAUUUGAAUACACAAUCGGUGUCUUAAAUAAGAUCAAUAGUGAGAUUAGGGUUGAGCUCAACAAGUUUGAAGCCAAUAAACAAAUUACUAAUAUAAUUGAUUUAUUGGUCAGUGAUGUUCAAAAUUUCCAUAAUAGUCAAUAG